CUCAGGGCUUGUAUAUACUACUUCAAACAGCCGGACCAUGGACUUGACGGCCCCCUCAAUUCCAGCCAGGCCGUCGACACUGCGGGCUCGUCGCAUCAAAGCCAGGCUGUCCGUUGCGUCCCGCAAGUCCCGUGUCAGGACGUCUCUAGUAAACAUCCACUGGGACGCCGACGGUGGGGGCCAGGAGGAAGAAAGUUUCGAAGAAUCCAUAGACGAUAUACCGGUGCUCGCCGACCACCAAACACAGUUUUUACUACCACCUGGUGUGGAAAGCACCCCUGGUACUGGCACCAACUCGACGUUGCUUGAAGGCAAGGACGAGAUACCGCAGACUACAGAGCUGCCGAUUGCUGGGCCUAGCAAAAGGAAGGACGCGAAGGACUGGAGAUUGACUUUGCCGCGCAUAACAUCAUCAGAUUCGGCGAACAACAGAGAAUCAAUUUUGAGAAGAUCCGCGGACUUGACCACAGAAGAGGCCAUUUUGACCGAUGUCUUCUCGGGUCAACUGGCUCCAACCAUUGCAGAUGUCCUGUUAGCUGACGAUGAUGUCGAAGUCGUCCCGGUCUACGAUGCCAUCGCACUAUACGACUUUGACGCAAGCCUCGACGAGUCUGAUGAUGCCAUCUCGUUCAAGGCAGGCGAUAGGCUAAAGGUGUUUGGCAAGCGGAAUGUUAGGAACACGGUGUUUACUGAGGACGACGGCGGAGACUUUCAGUGGGAAAAGGAGGUUGAGGUUAGCGAAGGAUGGUGUCAGGCAGAGCGUCUGGGCAAAGCUGGCUUUGCCCCUGUCGCCUACCUUCAGUUUGCAUCAGACACCACACCUCUGGAAACGCGGUCCCAAAUCGACCUAGUAAUCACCGGCCCGCUAGAUUCUCCACCCUUGGACUGCAUCAUGCCAUCUAAUCCGACUUUGGCGGAUUCCCUGAUCAGCAUGCCAGACCCCAGCGUCGUAUCGAGUUUCGCAGAGACAUCCAUCUCGCAGUCGAGCUAUCCCUCAGCCGCAAUGUCCGCGCUCGGAAACGGCAUGGGAGCUAUGACGGACAAGCUUCGCAAACGUCUGCGAUCUUUGUUAGGUAGCUGGUUCGAAGGUGGUGACAGUGUGCAGGAUUUCAUUCUCGGAAACGCUUGCGGUUCUGCUCCGCGUACUUUCAGCGACAUGGAUGGAAGCCGGUCUUCCAUGUUUGCGGAUUACAUGGAUGAUACUGAGCCUGGAGAAGAGAAGCAUCUCAUCGAAACAGAGCGGGGUCUCACAUGGGGUGGUCGAUCCCCGAGGUUUUCAGUCACAGUCAAAUCUCCGGAGCGCCACCGCAAAGUGUCGUUUGAGCCAUCACAGAAGCAGAACGUGGUGGUGGAUGAGUUUGUAGCAUAUCGAGUCUUUACAUGGUUUGACGAUGAAGACAAGCAGCUGUACACCUCGCUAAGCGUUCAACGACGAUACACGGACUUCGAAUGGCUACACGAUCACCUGAAACGCCGAUAUCCACCCACAAUCAUCCCACUGCCUACACUCCCACCGAAACAUAGCUUGAUCACCAACAAGUUCGACAAGGGCCUUGUCGAGUCCCGAGGAAGAGGUCUGGAAAGAUACUUAGGUGCGAUCUCACGCCAUCCUCUGCUCAGAAGCGACGGCGCCGUUGUCCUGUUCCUCAGCUGUGGCGGAACAAGCAUGGGCGGCCUGACAAAAGACGAUUUGGCCAGACUUCGUCAAGAGCAAACAUACAAGGAAGAUCAGAUCGAAGUUGUCCUCGACGACGAUGAGUGGAUUGAGGGGAGGAAGAUGUUCGAUCAGAGGAGGAGCUUGCAAGGCCCCGAAGGAGGGCCGGCAAACUUUUUGAAAAGGGUUGCUGUCUCAGUUCCGGCGCGUAAGGAUGGGAGAGUGGCCGCUGUGCAGAACCCGAUGGAUCGCUUUGCGACGCAUCUCUCGUUGAUGGAAUCGCACAUGGCGCCGAUGUUGGAUGCUUCAGCUAGGCAUCGGGACAAUGUUUCAGAACUGCACACCCGAUAUGCCAGCAUGGCAAAUGCACUGGAAGAUAUGGGUCGUGGCAAAGCAGAUGAGGGAAGAAUGAUGCGGAACCUGGCCUGGUGUUGGAAGCGAGGGUGUUUUGGUUGCCAUGAGUUCUCGGGCUCUUUACUGGCAGUAUCAAAGCAUCUGAAAGGCGUGGCUGAUGUGUAUGAAGCGCAUGUAAGCUUUUUGUGUUCCCGGAAGAUGACGAUGAGGAAAAGUAGCCGCGUCCUGAUGUACUCUCUGGUGUAGGCAAACAAGGACUUGACGAUAUUCCAUGAGAACAUGCAGG